AUGGCGGAGCCUCAGGGAAAGCAAAAUUUUGGAAUGAAAAUGUUAAAUUUUUGUCUGUGUGCUUCAAACGAUCCGGAUGCACCGCGGAAAAACUGCGGUAGGAAAUGUAUUGAUUGUUUGAAACCAACGUCUGAUUUCGAAGAAGAAAAUGAAAAUCAUGCACCGGAAAGAGAAUCAUGGGGAAAUCGUUUAACGUUUUUUGUAACAACCCUAGGAAUGUCCGUUGGACUCGGUCAAGUUUGGAGAUUUCCAACAUUGGCAUAUAAAAAUGGCGGCGGAGCUUUUAUGUUAAUUUACGUUAGUAACGGUCAGUACACUUCGAAAAAUCCUCUCAACGUUUAUGACAAGGUACCACUUUUUAUAGGAAUCGGUUGGUCCAUGAUUAUGUAUUCGUAUUUAUUUUGUACUUAUUAUAGUCACAUGGUAUCAUUUUCCUUUCUUUAUUUAUCAAUGUGUUUCACAUUUACUCUACCUUGGUCUGUCUGUCCCGUUCAAGAUGAUAAUAUUAAAGAUUCAUAUGAAUGUAUGCCUUACACGAGAAAUCGUGAUCCGAAUAUGGAUGGAAUCGUUUGCGGAUCCCAUGACAUGAUGUAUAAUCGAACACUUAUGUGUUUAAAUGAAACAUAUGCUGAAGAACAAAAAGCUGAAUGCUGCGCAAGUGUACCUGAAAACGAAAACCAGGUUUGCCAAGCUUAUUUUGACACGGUACAAUUAUACGACCCAAUGUACGGAUACCUCGGAAGUAUGAAUUGGAAGCUGUUAGGUACAUCUUUUAUCUCGUGGCUUGCAGCUUAUCUAAUUUUAUACAAGGGUCUUAAAAGUUUGGGACUUCUCAUGUAUAUAAUGGUUCCGUUGCCUUAUGUCGUUUUGCUAAUUAUGUUUGGUGUUAUGAUAUUACAAGACGGAGCAGUGUUUGGUUUAGAACAGUUUUUCGUGCCGAAAAUGAAGAAUUUCUAUGACGUGAAUGUUUGGAGAAUAGCAACAGAACAAGCAUUUUAUUCUAUUGGAGUAGCUAUGGGACCGCUUAUUACCUUUGGGUCAUACGCAAAAUACCAACAUCCAACCCACAUAGAUGGAACUUUACUUUGCCUUUGUAUUUUUUUGACAUCACUUCUAUGCUCUUCUGUAGUUUUUUCCGUUCUCGGAUUUUUAUCGGUAAAAACAGGAAGACCUUUUGAAAAAGUUGUCGACGCAGGUCCCGGUUUGGUAUUUAUCGUUUACCCGGAAUCUUUACGCCUUUUACCCGGUGCUGCUUUUUUUUCAUUUCUUUUUUAUUUAAUGUUGAUAAAUUUGGGACUAAGUACUAUCACGGGAAUAAUCGAAACCGUACCAUCUGCUAUUUACGAUAUAUGGCCAAAAUUUAGAAAAUAUAAAUAUUUGGUCAAUUUAGUCGUAUUGUCUUCGUGUUUUAUUAUUGGAAUUCCAAUAACAUGCAGAGGGGGUUUAGCUGUUUACAACGCUUUUGACGUUUAUGCAGCGGGACUUACUCUCUUACCUAUAUGUGCUAUUGAAAUGCUUAUUAUAUGCUUGUUUUACGGUUUGGGACGUUUUUGCGAAGAUAUAGCUUUUAUGAUUGGCUAUUAUCCAGGUCGUUACUACCGAUAUCAAUGGAUAAUGGGACCGGGAAUUCUUCUUGCAGUUUUUAUUUAUGGUUUAGUCGUUAUGGAAUUCCCAGAUCAACAACUUUGGUCCAUUCUAUUAGGAUGGCUCCUUUUUGCUUUGGUCGUAUUAAUGAUUAUCAUUGGAAUGUUCUAUGAAAUUUUCAAGUAUAAAAAACAGAAAAAUUUGAAAGAUAUUUUAAAACCUCCACCGAAUCACGGACCGAAAAAACAAAGUGAUAGAGAAGCAAGAGAAACUUUUACAACCGCAAGAAAAAUAUUUUAA